AGCGAAACUGCGCCCGCUAUUUUCUAAUUUGAAAAAAGCCUGAAAAUUAAUUUAAAUGUUUGAAACUUAUAGAAAAAAUUUGAAAUAAAGUAUUUUUUAUUGACAGAAAAAUAUUAAUCAAUAUUUUAUUUACAAUACAUUUAUAGAUUAUUCGUUUCUUCGUCGUUACUGUUGGAGCGGUUGGGGAGGUUGGAGCCAUUGUUGUUGCUGUUGGAGCUGCUCGGAGGGUCGACGAAUCUGGAAGAAUAAAAUGCCCUACGGGGUUUAAUUUUCGAAAUUGGUCUACAAUAACUAAAAAAUGACCUGAAAAAAAAUAGUAAAUGAUUCGAAGGUACCGGUCCUGUCGCGAGCCGUCCAUCCCGACCAUCCUCGUCAUUGAUGCAUCCCGACCAUCCUCGCCAUCGAUCUAUGCCGACCAUCCUCGUCAUCCUGAAAAGUUAAAUUGUUUAUACUAUAAUAAAUGUUAUUAAAUAUUGUUGUGCUUUAAAAAGGGUAGGACACCUCCAAGGAAUCUAUGCAAAAAUUUUCUGGGCAAAGUGACAUUUUUUAACAGGAAGCCAUGUCUACGCCGCUUAGGAUGACGACGCCGCUUGGUGUAUCUUUAUCAUCCGACCUGAAACGUGCCUUGCAAGACAAUGAAAAGCUGACAAGGGACGUGAGCGAUGCAAAACUUUUGAAAGAAGAUGCUGAAAUAAAACUGAAAAAAAUUAGGAAUAAGCUUAAUGGAGAGCACUCUGAAAAGUUGGGAAAGUUGAAUGAUAAGUACAAGGUAUAUAAUAGAGAUAAGAAAUUGCUGGAAUAGAUAAUAUUUUAGGCUGUACAAGAAGAACUGAAAACGAUGAAACAGAGUUCGCAGUUGAAACGGGAGAAAGGAGUUUUGGAAACUGAAAACCGUCGUUUGGAAACUGCAAAAAGUGAAUUAGAUCGGCAACUUUUAGGAAAAAAUGAUGAAUUACGAAUGGCAGAUGUGGAAAAAGUGGAAGAUGUUAAGAUGAUUCGGGACCUGAAAGCAGGGAAACGGCCACCUUUCAAAACUGAAUUCAAAAAUCUCAUCAGCAGGAGCGAGAAGUUUAGGAGAAUAGAGAUAGCGAGAGCUGAACUUCAGCGAUGUGGUGAGAAAUACCUAUAAAUACAGUUAUUUAAAGUGAUUUUAGGCGGCGAAGCUUCUGAAUUUUACUGCCUUCUUCUUGGAAGAUUGAGUAAGUUGGGUCUUCUGAAAUGGAAGAUGUCAAAGAGGGAAGGAUUAUAUCUCUAUCACGCCAGCAACCUCACGAGAAGACGAUUCACCAAGUUGAAACAAAUGCUGCGAGGAAGUGGAUGUAUCGAUCCAUUGCCAUCUAUUCAUGAGAUCAAAAAGCUGGAGAAAGUUGUUGGCUCCUCGGAUCAAUUAAAGGUCACCGAGCAUACCGUUGACGGUAAAUCCGUGGUCGCCGUUCAUCUGCUCGACGUCGUCAAAAUGUUAACUGAAAGGAUUAAUGAAUUAGUUGCUAAUGGAAAGAUGGUAGUUGGAGACGAUCCUAUUUGGCUUACGAUCCUCGGCGAUAAAGGAUCAGAAGAAUUCAAGUUAUGUUUGUCAAUUGGAAAUGUCUCCCAACCUAACAGCUGUUUCCAUCUAAUUCCACUUGGCAUUUUCAAUGAUGACGAAAGCAGUGAAAACAUUCGAAAGUAUCUAGGUCCCAUCGUUGAACAACUCAAUCGAUUAUUGUUCCUAAAGAUAAAAGUAGGCGAUAAGGACAUUGAUGUACCUGUGGAGCAGUAUCUUGGGGGAGAUAUGAAGUUCCAAUGCGAUGCUAUUGGUCAUGAGGGAGGAAACAGUACCUAUCAGUGCAUGCAGUGCUUUUCGCUACGAGGACAGUCGAUCAGCAGGUCCAUGCAACUAAAAAGGGGUGACAUCAAGAAAACCAGGAUCUCGAAGGCAGUAGUCAAUGAUAGAGCUGAAAAACUGGAGGAGCUGGAAGAAUUUCUUUCAGGAACAAAAUGUGCUCUUCAGAUAGUUCAAAACUUCAAGAAUCGCCAAGUCAACGGGUACAAGUCACCAUCCGAGCCGUGUAGAGCAGCGAUGUGAUUUUUCAAGGACAAGACUAUGAAACUGGCAACUUCAUACAAUGGGCGCAAAGUGGACUGUCAGACUUGUUCCAAGUCUGUACACGGUGUAUGCUGUGGGCUGUGGGAUCCUGAAAGUUGGAAGCUUACCACUGAAGAUUCUCCUGACGUGGAUUGCUUCGAGUGUCGAUCCAUGACGGUGAAUCGCAUCGAGAAGGAAGCUGAAUCCACCAUUGCACAUCUGGAAAAUGAGAAGAAUAAAUUGAUGGAAGAUUUGAGGUUGGAGUAUUUAUAUUUUCUUUAAAGAAAGCAUUUAAAUUUACAGAUUAGCUCAAGCACGUGGUGUCAGUGUGUCCCAUGUUUGAUCUGCCUAGAUCUACAAAAAAUGCGGUAGUUUAGACUUUCUCUGAUUUUUUUUAAAAUGAAAACUGACAAUUUUCACAAUUUCUGUUCUACAAUUUUCAAAAAACCCAGUUUGAAAACAUUUUUUCAAUUUUUACGAAUUGUCGUCAAUUAAAAUGUGUUGUUUUUUUUUUCACUGACUACAGUACCCAGUAUGUGAAUUACCGUCACGGUGUCUGCAGACUUUUUGCGCGAUGCAAGCGCGCUCCACCGCACGUGUGUAAAACAAAAACAAUCGGCUGCUGAAAACGGUUUUGAGUCGUUUUUUCGCUAAAUUUCCAUUCGAUUUUCUAUUUUUCUGCUGAGAUCUGCAUUUUCCCAAGUAAAAACAAUUUAUUUUAGUUGAGAAAUCACCAAAAACGUGCAAAGAUGACGAAAAAAAAGGUGUACAACAAAAGGAAACGAAAGGAAGCAUCAAUUAGAGUGUUGGAAGCGAUUCGGGAAAAGAGGAAGCAGCAAUUGGCUGAAAAUGCCCGUCUUGAAGCUGAACAAGCGGAGCAAGAUGUGGCUCCAGAGCCAAUUGAUGUGCAGGAUCCUGUGAUAAAUGCUGGAAAUAUUGUGGAAGAUGCGGAGCCUCUGAACGUGAAUCCUUCUCCGCCGCAGCCUAGAAAAUUCAAUUUUCGGGUAGCGAACUUGGAAAUUGCCCGCCAGGCGAAAAUUUCACAGAAUCUCAUGAAAACUUCUGAAACUGCAUCUACUUCAUCUCCUGUCAGACAGCAAGUGAAAACAGAAAUUGUUCCAAGGGUAUCUCAAAGAACAAUUGUUAAAACACAAGCCCUUCCACGUGUCAAUGCUCCAGUCCUAUCAUCAGUUCCUGCAAAAAAUCCGCUUCCUCCAAAAUUUGUUUAUAUAAAUACAGCUGGAUUGAAAAGAAAACGAGACGAUGAUAAAAACACGCCAUCAACAUCGAAUUCAAUCACUCUAAAUCCAUCUUCUCGUGGUGAUCAAACCCAAUUUAUUGUACAUCUACAACGAACAAUUGAACGAUUGGAAAAAGAAAAAGCUGCGUUAACGGAGAAAUUGACAAUGCGAGAGGAUGAGAUUAAAGUGUUUUCAGUGGAAUUUGUGAAUAUUCAAAAAGAAAAUGUUAAACUAAUGAAGGAGAACAAAGCUAAAGAAUCACAAAUUUCAAACCAAUCGAUUCAAGUUCGAAAUUCGUGGAAAUUCGCAGAUUUAUUCAAGAAAGAGCUGCAGAAAAGUCGGAAAGACGUGUCGGAAGUGAAAUGGAAAAUUGAUAAAAUCGAAAAAAAAGUCGGCAUCAAAAAGCCUACACCAAGGAAGAAGCCUGAUGUAAAGCUGAUAAAUCCAGAGGAUAUUUCAUUGAUGUCUGACAGAACCCAGGAUGGGGAAGAUUCAAGUGACUUCGGAAGUCCUCUAGCGAAAUAUCUGAAGCCUGAUCAGCCCAGCACAAGUUCUGCGUGCUAUGGGAAGCCGUUCUAUUUUGAAAGCACCAGCAGCAGCUCCAGAAAGCCCAUCACAGCAUCUCCAGGCCCUCCAGGCCGAACACAAAUUUCGGAUCAGCUGAACACUGGAGAAGUUAGAUAUGUGGUGAAUUCAGGAAAACCAUUCAAUUUUAGCUCGGAAAGUAACUCCAGGAACUUGAAGCUUAUUCCAGGAUAUAUUAAGAGACCAGAAUUUCGCUAUAUCAAGCCAGAAGGCUUCACCUCAGCCUCUUACAAAGCUCAGUCAGAAGGAAUGAGCUCGUUUUUGAAGACUGGAAGCUCUGCAACUCCUGAAAAUUCGAAGAAAUCAGCCCAUUUUGACAUGCCGGAUAUUUCCUCAACGCCUUACAAAUCUCACGUGGUGGUGGAAUCGGACGAAAUGAAUAGUUCUUCGAGUACAAUUGGAGGAUUUGAGUCAGAAAAGAAAGAUAAUGGAGCUCUCGGAAGCCAGAAAUCUCCUAUGCCCGACAUUGCCACAGCACUUCACAAUAUAUUUGAUUCAAAAGAAGUUCAAAGUAGUUCUUCAACCACCGGAAGCUCUGCACCGCCCGAAAAUUCGAAGAAAUCAGAUCAUUUUGACAUGCCGGAUAUCUCCUCAACUCUUUACAGAUCUCGUGUUGAGCCAAUCAGCAGCUCUUCCAGUGGAUCUACCAGCACAAGUGCUCCGAGAUAUGUGCCAAAACCAAUAGCCCAGCCAGCUCGAUAUGCAAUUCCAAGUCCGGGUGCUUUGAAUGCCUUAAGACGUCCCCCAGAAUGGAAAGGUCAGCGCCGACAUGCGCCGAGUUACGUGAAAUCCAGAGAAAGCGUCACGUUCAGAGGAUGCUCCAGAUUUCCAGUCACAUCACCGCAUUUCGCGAAAGCUCACCUGGAACCUGUGACUGAUGGAAAAGAUGAUUCGAAAAUUGUCAAAUAUCGAUUUGUACCGAAGCGACCAGAUUUUGAUGGAGAACGCGAACAUAAGAAGUGACAAAUCUUGGUUUUUUUGUGUUUAAGGCUUUUAGAGCAUUGAUAAUAAAUUUUUUGUUGGAUUUGC